ACUAAUUCUGGGGAAUUUUUUUCCAGACCUGCAGACGCGCAUUCAACAUUCAACAGAAGAUGCUGGCCAUCACGCUGAACCUCUUUGUCGCCAUCUUUAUCCUAAUUUGGGCCUACUUCACCAUUAAGACGCGCCAUAUGGCGAGACUGGCGAAGAAAAUACCGGGCCCCAAACAGUCUCCCCUCUGGAAGAAGCUACUUACAAGUCGCCAAAACUCCAAGUCUACGGACAUGUUGCAAAAUAUGGUCGAAAUUUCCAGACAGUACGAUUCGACUUUUUGCCUUUGGAAAGGCUAUGAGCUCUUUGUUUUUCUGCAAGACAUCAAACAUAUUGCGGCUCUGUUAUCAGACAGCGAGGAAGUGGGCAAAUCUUCUACGUACAAAUACUCGACACCCUGGUUUGGGACAAGUAUAGGAGUUGCUGAAGGCGAGAACUGGAGAAUCCGACGCAAGUUGAUCGCACCCGAAUUCCGCCCCUCGACUCUCGAAUCUAGUGUUCAAAUCCUGAACUCCAAUUCGGAAAGACUGCUCAACAGACUGUCCACAUUCUUGGGUGGUCCUGAGUUCGAUGUGUAUCCCUAUAUGAAUUUGCACUCUAUCGAAAAUGUGUGUGAAACAUUUAUGGGCGCGAAAAUCAACGCUCAACAAAACAGUGGAUCGGAAUUCGUGAGGGCAAUCAGCGCUUCAUCCCACUGCAUGUACGCCCGGAGCCAGAACCCACUUCUGCACCCUGACCUGCUGUUCCACAUGUCCUCUCUGGGGAGGCAACAAGCGAGAUACCUGGCCACAGUGCAUGCCACGAGCAAGGAGGCUGUGGAAGAGAGGGCGCAGCAACUGCUUCAUGACAAGGGUUGGAGAGCUCGGAUUCCAAUCCUGGAUAUGCUGAUCGAGCUAUCGAGAAAUGACAAAGAUUAUGGACGCCUAGAUGUGCGGGAGGAAAUAGCCGCAAUGCUAAUUGUAAGUUAUGAAACAACGGCCGUAGCACUGAGUUUCGCUUGCUGGAUGUUGUCACAGCACCAGGACGUACAGGAGAAAGUGCUGAUGGAACAGAAGGAAAUAUUUGGCGACUCUGAUCGUCCUGCCACCUACCGUGACAUUCAAGAAAUGAAGUAUCUAGAAAUGGUAAUCAGAGAAACCAUCCGACUGUACCCAUCGCUACCAGUAUUUGGACGAAAACUGCAAAGGGAUUUCGAUGUGGGAGAUUUUGUCAUUCCUGCAGGCGCAAAUGUAAUGUUUCUGGCUUACCAGAUACACCGGAACCCAAAAUACUUCCCGGACCCAGAGAAAUUCAACCCGGACCGUUUCCUGCCCGACAACGUGAUGAGAAGAAGCCCUUACUGCUAUCUAGCGUUCUCUGCUGGACCUAGGAAUUGUGUGGGCAUCAAGUACGGAAUGCAGGCGAUCAAAGGCACGCUGUCCGCAAUGAUAAGAAAGUUCAAGAUUCUGCCAGGCAGCACGCCACUCUCUCUGCAGUACAAGAUAAUGCUGGGAUCUCGAACUGGAUUCAAAAUCAGACUGGAAUCUAGAUAGAACUGUCCUCCUAUAACCGGGUUAGUGAUUAUACGUGGGUUACUUCAAAAGUCAUGGCAACUAAUUUUUGGGGGGCAAACACGUUA